UUUUUCAAAACUCUUCGUUCUUUGAGUACGAACUUUUUUGGAUAGCCAAGUGAAAAAAUCAUACCAUGAGUGCUACAAGAAAAAGAAAAAGAUGUAAGAAGCAUGGAUUAAAAAUGAGAAUAAAUGUUUGAGAAAUAUGGGAAAAGAAUAUGUUGCAAAAUCAAAAACACGAGAGGCUGGCAUAACUUAUAGAAUAGUUCCGGAGAAAUCUUUCAAAAUUAUCAAAGUUGUUGCAGACAAAAAUGCUAUGAAAAAAUUUCAGUUAAUCAACAGAAAACAGUUCACAAACGUCUUUGGGAUUAUGGUGAUUAUAGUGAACAAAAUAUAAUGCUCAGUGGAAUUAUGAAAUGCGGGGACCCCGUCAACCCGUCACCCGAAAAGUUGCCCAGAUUGAUACAUUGGAUCUACCAUUUCCCUACUGAUGAAGAAAGUAUUGUAGUUUGCACAAAAAUUCUUUGUGAUAUUCUGCGUUUACACAAGAAACGUAUUGAAACUGUUCAGAUGAAAAUUUUGAAGAAACAGCCUUUGAGAAAUUUGGCAGGUAAUGAAGUUCCUCCAACCAGCGAAGCUGUUUACUGCAAUUAUUUCAAUUACAAUAGUAGUUUCACUUUUAAAUUACCUCGCACUGACAUAUGUAACACAUGUUUCAAAAGUGAGGCAGAAGGAUCAGUAAAUGACAAAAUUGUAGAACACAAAGGAAAUGCCAGAAUGUACUUGCAAUUGAAAAAACUACUGUCGGAAAAAAGCAGCUUAUGCUGUGAAUAUGAUUUCGCUCAGAAUUUACCUUUGCCAAAACUUUCAGUGGCUUAUCAAUUCUGCAAACGCUUAGUGUGGCUUUUUUAUGCAAUGUACAUAUCCAUAGUACAAACGAGAGUUACAUGGUCACUCUCCUCGAAGGAAUUGCAAAAAAAGAAGCUAACACUGUUUGUAGUUUUGUACAGCAUGCGAUACUAACGGAAUAUAAACAAGGAAAAUACAGCAGCAUAACUCUUUUUUCCGACGCAUGUCCUGGGCAAAAUAAAAAUUACACAGUAUUUCAUUUUCUCAUUAUACUUUCUAUUCACUUGCAAUGUGAAAUAAAAUAUGUGUUUCCUGUUCGUGCCCAUUCUUAUUGUCAAUGCGCCAGAAAUUUCGGGCUAUGUUCUCAAUAGAAAAAGAAAAUGGAACGGAUAGAAACACCGGCUGCUUAUGUGAAAAUGAUUCGCAAUGCGCGUAAUCCUCCAUUCACAAUGAUCGAGUCCUGUGAGAACCUUUUGCAGGACUUUCAAAAAAGGGUCAAAGGCAGAAUGACAAAGCCGAACAAAUUGAAAAUCAGUGAAGCUUUCCUUCUACACUUUUUCUCCGUUGGAAAAGUUGAUGUAUAUGCCAAUUAUAAAUUGGAAAAUCCUACUUCUUUCCAUUUCAAACCAGAAAUUAAUUUGAUGGAUCUCAAAAAGUGUUCCCCCCCUCGCCUUGGCCUCAAAGCUGCAAAAAUCAAAGAAGUCAGGUACCUCUUGAU